AUGAGUGCCUGUAAAAAGGCCAGGGCGGAAGCUACAUCUGUUGUGAGUCUAGACAGACUGAGCAGUCUGCCUCGAGAGAUAAAGGGCGACAUCCUCUCCCGUUUGAACGUCGAAGAAGCAGUUAGGACUAGCACCUUAUCAAGUACUUGGAGGGAUGCAUGGACUGAUACGCCAAUGAUAUUUCUGCGUGAUGAAAAUUUUCCAAGAACAAAGUUCGUUAAGUUGGUCGAAAUGGUGCUAUCACUCCACAAGGGAGCAAUAGAAAAGUUUGAUAUAUCAGGUAAAGGAAGUUACCAUGAUGAAUUUGCUAUGUGGAUGCUCAUGCUGUCAAGGAGAUCACCAAGAUCAGUUAUAAUCAAUUUGAACUCAUGGCCAAGGUAUAGGAUUCCCUCAUGCCUCUUUUCUAUUGCUGAUCUGAAGUCUCUUCGCCUGGAAAACUGCAUUAUCAGCUUGCCCCGGGAAUUCGAAGGUUUCAAGAGACUAACUUACCUCAGCCUGAACAUUUUCUCCUCCACAGACAGGGAUAUUCAAUAUCUGAUCUCCUUUUGCCCUGUACUGACUGAUUUGAGGUUAACUUCUUUCGAGGGUAUCGACUGUUUAAAUAUUCAAGCUCCUAAACUGAAAUAUCUUCAUGUUAAUGGGGACUUUGUAUACAUUAAAUUAGAUGUCCCAAAUCUGAAAUGGGCCGUUCUCUCUCUUCGUCACGAAGUUAAAGCAUAUCAAUCUGUUCCAAUUGUCCAUGACAAGGAAAGCUAUCUCAAGCAGUCAUUGGGAAGCCUAAGUGACAUCGAAACACUUUCAGUUAGUGGCUUUUUCCUGAAGAGUUACCCUUUGGGCCUGUCGGAUCAGGAUCAGGUAAGCAUUACUGUGCAAGUGCAAAUGGACCAUCUCAUAACGGCCAGUGUGGAAGAUUUCGGGGGUCUGGACUACGAAAUCGAUUUCGUGGCAAAGCUUCUGAGCUGGGCACCAGCUUUGGAAGAACUGAAUAUAAAGUGGAAGGGCGAAACGGACUGCAGCAGGGUUCUUGCCAAGCUAUUAGCGCUGCCGAGGGUGUCUCCCAGGGCCAAGGUCACUGUUACAUUCUGA